CAAGAUGUUGGCAAAAUUACUAGUCGUCGUGCUCGCUAUGCACAUGGCGACGUGCUCAACAACGUUUAUUAAAGAGCAACCGGUUCAAGCGACGAUAUCGACGCCGACUUGGAUUUCGAUGCCAACGCCGACUCCGACUUCAAUGAAGACGCCACCGCUAGCACGUUUUACUCCUCUUCCCCUUGAAAUUAUCGGAUCUUACCCUGAUUUAUAUUGCCCUGACUCAGUUCAUGACGAGUUAAUAAUACGGAAGAAGGAUGUUUAUAAUCUGAAAGACUAUUGUAAGCUGAUAGCAAAAAGUAUAAUAAUAGAAGACAGUAUAAUUCGAGUUGAUGGAAGAACUCUUCACUUAAUUGCCGAUGACGUCAAAAUUCUUAGAACGUAGUUUGGUGGACAUAAUAACACUAUACGCAUAAUUGCGGAAAAUAUCGAAUUAAAUUAUAACCAAUUCGUUGGCGAUAAUUUACACUAUGAAGCUAUGGGACAUACUAUUUAUACAUACUAGAACUCCCACUCGGGUGAUAAUUUAUAUUAUAGAGUGCGGGGGUACGAUGUGUACGAAAAAUUUAACAUGUUUUAUGGAGAUCACCAGGAUUAUAAGCUGACAGGAUCUAAUCCACAGUAUAUUCGCAAUGCGACUCCUGAAGACGUACCGGCUUACAACCUUGUUAGAAUUGGGCUUAGAGAGCGUGAUCCAAACCUCAAAUAUGAAUAUAGACAUAUCAUGUAUCAAGGUUGCAUGCAUCAGGGAAAUAAUCUAAAGAUCUAUCUUGACGCACCUAUCAUUUGCUGCGAAAAUUACUCUCAUUACGGUGAUAAUAUAGAAUCACAUAUGUGGCCUCAGAAGUGGUUUAAUUGUAACUCGAGUAUGUGGCCUGACGCCAGUAUCCAAGCAGUAUAAGUCAUUAUUCUGCUCGUAUAUCAUAAACUGUACUGGCAUGGGUUUUCUUUGUGGUUUCCCCAUGUCACUAUUUCAAUAGCCAAUAGAAAGAGGUGAUUCAUUCAUUCAUUCAAACAAACAAGCUAAUAAUAUACAUUUCUACAAUUUGAACUCGAUUCCAAA